CUCGUGAUCCGCCCACCUCUGUCUCCCAAAGUGCUGGGAUUACAGGCGUGACCCACUGCGCCCAUCCUACCAAAUGCUUUUUAAACAUUUAAAAAUGUAGUAAGUUCAUCCUAUACACUAAAGAGUGCCACAGCACACACCUCCCUCCAAGCCAGCCUUUGGGAGCCUUCGUCAUCCAUCCUGGAGGCCGUUCCUAGGGUGGGGUUCAGGUCUAGGGCAUGCUGCCUUCCCUCAAGACUCAGCACCCGCUCCACUCACGCCUGGGGCCCUCAGGGCUGGGGCUCAUUUUCUCAUCUCCCCCAGUGUGUAACCUCCUGGCUGCUGGCACAGGCUUGGCCCUGCAGACCCACCUUUACCCCAAGGCCAGCCCCGCAGCUGCCCAGGGCAGAGGCCCCCAACAAAAAGCAAGGAAGUGGCUGUUUAGCCUGGACACUAACCGGACGAGUGCCCCCAAGUACUGCAGACGGACUCUGCACACAAGGCCCCCAUCUCUUUCCAGCCCUGGCCAGGGAGAUGGGUCAGUUUUCCCAGCAACCCAGGGGGCACUUAGGAGAAUGGGUGAAACAAGGAAGCGAAACUUUCAUACGAUUGGUUUAAUUUUUUUUUUUCAGCAGGAGAAAAAAGAAUAAAGUUACAAGAUUCUUUUAAUAUUUUCACAAUGUUAAAACUAAAACUGAGCUCUAGGCUAUGUGUGUAAGUAAAUCUAGAACACAAAAGGGUUAAAUAAGAUUUUCUCUUUUAAAGAUACAAGAAUUUAAGCUUUCCUUACAUUUAACAAACUUCACAGAACAGAUACUGCAGGGGAACAAGCCCCACCCCCCACCCCCCCAGCUCUAAGUCAGGAAGCGAACAUGGGCUUCGCUCCCCUGGGCCGGCUCCCCAGGGCUCCUUCCCACGGCUGCCUCCACGCAGCAGGCAGUGGGCAGGGCCUGGGGACAGCCGGGAAGGGAGCGCACAGCCUCUUCGGGACCAGAGCUUGGCGGAGGCCUAGGCGGGGCUGCCUCACUGAGGAUGGCCCAUAUGGUGGCCAAGGGCUGUGGCUUGACAGCAGUGGUAAACGCUGGGCAGACCUGGCCCCUCUGCCCUGGGCUGCCCUAGAGCAAGACACCGGUCUGGGUCCUGAAGCAAGAAUUAAGGCUGGGGAUUUUGCAGCGGGUUCCACUCUGGUGGGUGGAGGGUGGGAAGAGCAUGACUUCCUAUUUCAGUACGUCGGAUCAAAAAAAUAUUUGCAGUUGCAGGUGUUCAGCUGUUAAUUUGCAGACAGAGUUGAACCAUUUGUUGUUUU